CGUCUCCUCCUCAUUACAAGAUGGCGGCCCCAGCAGCAGGUUCAGGCCCGGGCGGCUCCUCAGGUGGAAUCACUGGGGGUGCGGGUGGCUCUUUGGGUGUUGUGGGGCCCAGCACAAGCACCAGUAGUGUGAACCCAUUUUUAAGUGACUCGGAGGAGGAAGAAGACGGCGGUGAGGAAGAAGAAGAGGAGGAGGAGGAUGAUAACGAAGAGGACGAUGAAGAUGUUUCCCCAUUAAAUGAGCGCCCUGCUGCCUCGCUUGCUUCUCGCUACCUUCAGGAUGAAGCCGACUCAACCUUGCUUCCCAGUGCGGGGCCUCGUCUUUGCCUACAGCCUGGAGAGCCCGGGCGUGUGCCGCUGGAUGCAGUGGCCGCACAGUUGCUGCGAGAUCAGCUGUUACUGACAGCUCUGGAGCUACACACCGAGCUUCUAGAGAGCGGACGGGAACUGCCCAGGCUUCGGGAUUACUUCUCCAACCCGGGCAACUUCGAGAGAGCCACCGCGGCACCGCCUGGGUUCGGCGGCAACACUACCGCCAGUACCGGAGGGCAGCUGAACAGAGCUGGUAGUAUUAGCACACUUGAUUCGCUUGACUUUGCACGAUACUCUGAUGAUGGCAACCGAGAGACCGAUGAACGUGUAGCAGAAAAUGAAGUUCCCUUGCAGGAGCGAAAGAAUUAUAAAUCAAGUCCUGAAAUUCAGGAGCCCAUAAAACCUCUUGAAAAAAGAGCACUAAAUUUCCUUGUCAAUGAGUAUUUACUGAAAAAUAAUAACAAACUCACUUCAAUAACUUUUUCUGAUGAAAAUGAUGACCAGGAUUUUGAACUUUGGGAUGAUGUAGGCUUGAAUACUCCAAAGCCACCAGACCUGCUGCAGCUUUAUCGUAACUUGAGUAACCAUCAAACUGUUUCAAAAGAUGUUGCAGACAUUGCAGUUGGUGUCAUUGAAGGUGACCUGGAGCCCAUCCAGGCUGUUAAACAAAUUGCACCAGAUUCCCAUAUUUCCCAGCAAGCUGCAAUAAUUAAAGAACUUGAAGAUAAAAUUAUCCUGUGCAACAAUGAGAAAGCUGCUUUGCUGGAGCAAAUUGGUAAUCUUGAGAGGCAAAUUGAAUCUCUUCAGAAAGAGAAUUCUGCUUCAGGGGUUUGCUCUGCUGCUCCACCAACCUCAGACAGAUUGCAGAGCCAGACUUCAGAAGAGAGCGACCACUACAUAGAUAUCCAAAUUACAGACAGUGAUGCUAAAUGUGAAGGAACAGAGGAAAGGCUGCCUUUUCAACAAAGUGAAUGUGAGCCAGUCUGCCAGGUAUCAGAGGAUAUCCCUCCCAGCCCUGAACUGGCAAAAAUCCGCAAGACUACACUCCUUUCUGCUCCACCCAGCAAAGCCGGUGUUCACUUUGAUAAACCCAAUAGGAAACUGUCACCUGCAUUUCAUCAGGCGCUUCUCUCUUUUUGUCGAAUGUCAGCAGAUAGUCGCUUGGGCUCAGAGGUUUCACAGAUUGCUGACAGUGAAAAUGGCGUUAUGAAGAUGCUUGGACGCUGCCUGCCUCAUAUUGUCCCAAAUGUGCUGCUUGCCAAGAGAGAGGAGUUGAUACCACUAAUACUGUGCACCGCCUGCCUUCACCCAGAGUCCAAAGAAAGAGACCAGCUUCUGCAUAUUCUGUUUAAUUUAAUCAAGCGCCCAGAUGAUGAACAAAGGCAAAUGAUUUUGACUGGGUGUGUAGCAUUUGCUCGUCAUGUGGGACCAACCCGAGUGGAGGCUGAGCUAUUACCACAAUGUUGGGAACAGAUAAAUCAUAAAUACCCUGAAAGAAGACUGCUUGUAGCAGAGUCAUGUGGGGACCUAGCACCUUAUCUUCCUAAGGAGAUCAGGAGUUCCCUUGUAUUGGCAAUGUUGCAGCAAAUGCUAAUGGAAGAUAAAGCAGAUAUGGUACGGGAAGCUGUCAUCAAGAGCUUGGGAAUCAUUAUGGGCUACAUUGAUGACCCAGACAAAUAUUCACAGGGUUUUGAACUGCUUCUGACAGCUCUUGGUGACCCUUCAGAAAGAGUAGUGAGUGCCACCCAUCAGGUAUUUCUACCAGCUUAUGCUGCAUGGACCAUGGAACUGGGCAAUCUACAGUCUCACCUUAUUCCUACUCUUCUGAGUAAAAUAGAAAAACUGCUCAAGGAAGGAGAGCAUGGUUUGGAUGAACACAAGCUGCACAUGUAUCUCUCUGCCUUGCAGUCCUUAAUUCCUUCACUAUUCGCAACUGUGCUGCAGAAUGCGCCGUUUACAAGUAAAGCCAAGCUGCAGGGGGAAGUGCCUCAGAUAGAAGUGACAAGAUUCCCUAGACCCGUGUCGCCUCUUCAGGAUGUGGCCACCAUCAUCGGGAGUCGAGAGCAGCUGGCUGUCUUGUUGCAGCUUUAUGAUUACCAGCUGGAGCAUGAGGGUACAACUGGCUGGGAAAGUUUGCUCUGGGUCGUAAAUCAGCUACUACCCCAGCUCAUAGAAAUAGUCGGUCGUAUCACUGUUACAUCAACUGCCUCUGUCCACGAGUUUUCUAGAUUUUUCUGGCGACUGUGUAGGACCUUUGGAAAAAUAUUUACAAACACUAAGGUGAAGCCUCAAUUCCAGGAAAUCUUAAGACUCUCUGAGGAAAACAUAGACUCUACUGCAGGAAAUGGAGUUCUAACAAAAGCCACUGUCCCAAUAUAUGCAACUGGAGUCCUUACAUGUUAUAAUCAGGAAGAAGAUCGUAAGCUGUUGGUUGGGUUCCUUGAAGAUGUAAUGACAAUGCUGUCAUUGUCACAUGCUCCAUUAGACAGUUUAAAAGCAUCUUUUGUGGAGCUGGGAACUAAUCCAGCAUACCAUGAGCUUCUUUUGACUGUGCUUUGGUAUGGGGUUGUUCAUACAUCGGCUCUUGUUAGAUGCACUGCUGCUAGAAUGUUUGAGCUGUUGGUGAAGGGGGUGAAUGAGACUCUGGUAGCUCAAAGAGUUGUCCCUGCUCUCAUUACUCUCUCCAGUGAUCCAGAAAUCUCUGUGAGGAUUGCCACUGUGCCAGCUUUUGGUACUAUAAUGGAAACUGUCACUCAAAGAGAGUUGUUAGAAAGAGUUAAAAUGCAGCUAGCUUCCUUCCUGGAAGAUCCUCAGUAUCAAGACCAGCAUUCACUUCAAACAGAGAUAAUAAGGACUUUUGGGAGAGUUGGACCCAACGCAGAACCUCGAUUCAGAGAUGAUUUUGUUCUUCCUCAUUUGCACAAGCUUUCUUUUGUCAACAAUCAACAAUCUGUGGAUUCCAAGAGACUGGAUAUUGCUACCCAUUUAUUUGAAGCAUAUAGUGCUCUCUCCUGCUGCUUUAUAUCAGAAGAACUGAUGAUGAAUCACUUUUUGCCGGGUCUCAGGUGUUUACGCACUGAUAUGGAACAGUUGUCGCCUGAACAUGAGGUUAUUUUAAGUUCUAUGAUAAAGGAAUGUGAACAGAAGGUGGAAAACAAGACUGUCCAAGAGCCCCAGGGGUCCAUGUCCAUAGCUGCUAGCCUUGUGAGCGAAGAUACAAAGACAAAGUUCCUGAAUAAAAUGGGGCAGCUGACCACUUCGGGGGCAAUGCUGGCAAAUGUUUUCCAGAGAAAGAAGUAAUAUGACUUCUACUACAUCUUAUAAAAACACUAAAAUGGACCACAAACACACUCCUUUGCUCCUUGUACUUGAAGUACUGAUCUUUUUAUUUUGUGUUGUUUUCUGUCUUACAUUCUUGUAAUAUAUUUUAUUAAACCUCCAAAGAUAUUUGCACUUCAUUUGAAUUUUGGCAUGUCUGUUGAUUUUGGAGUUGAUGCUGUAGUUGAAGAAUUAUUAUUCUUUACCUUGUCUCCGUUCUGUGUUUUGUCUUUUUUUUUUAAAAAAUAUAAAUAUAUAUAUAUAAAUAUAUAAAUAUAGGGGAAAUAUUUUUUCUGAACAGACAUUGGCUAUUCUGUUAUAUAAUGCACAAAUUGCAAUGGUACUUAAUGUAAAUUUGAAUUCAUUACCAUGAAGUAAUAAAGUGGAAGAUUACUAUGUAUUUAAAUUAUGGAAAUUAUCUAUUAUGUUUUUUGUUAUUUUGCUUUGAACAAGUAUAGGAGCCAGCAUGGUUACCUGGUGCCUUUUUGGAUUUAUUGUGUCAGACUGUGCCAGAAGAGCAAUCCUAUAUAUCUCAUUUCCUUCCCUUGACAUAUCAGUUUGGCCUCAGACAUUACAACUAAUUUGAAUUAUGUUCAUGAACACAGGUUAUUGUAAUAUCAAUGGGGGGGGUUGGUUUUUGACUGAUCUUGACAAUGCCAUGAAUCAUCUAUGGCAAUCAUAUGUCUGCCCACAUGCACUUGUGCUUUCUGUAUACUCCAUUGUGAGGGUAGAAAUAAGGAACUCCUGUUUAAUUGGUUGGUGGGAGCACGUUCCCCUGAAUUCUUCAUCUUAGACACUUUAGGUAGAACAUUGUUAAUUAUUGCCUUUAUUGGUGUCACAAGCCCAUGAUCCUCUAACUGUGAGGUAUUUGGAGAUAUAAUUCACAGCGCUAGUAACCAAUUUUUCACAUUUGUCAGUAUUGAGCAUCCCAGUUUUCAUGGCCUCUGGGCCUUUGCCUAUAAUUUGGUAUUGAGCAAUAAUUGCACAAUAAAUGCUUAAUUCUUUCCCUGUCUCACUAAUUAGUGUUAGGUUUGGAGUAAUUGUACUGCAGAGUUAGAAUUUAAACACACUAAUCAACAAUUAGAUAACAUGUUUAUCCGCAAAAGACUACUGAAAGCAACAUUCUGAUUGGUUGCUAUGGAUUGCUAACAUGUAGCCCUCAUAAUUUUCUUAACACAUUUUCUCAAUGGGCCAAUAUGUAUUAUAUUUUCCGUAUGGAUGUGGCUAAAUUAAAUAUUUACUAUUAUUCCUUUUUCAAUUUAUUGUCUUCUAACUUAUAUGACUUUUCCUGGCUCAGCUUGUAGUUUUAGCCUUGCUUAAAGGAAUCCUGUCAUAUGGGAAAACAUGCGACGGCCAUGUGGCCUGUGCUCUGAUAAACUUCAGUCACAUUUUACUGCUGAGCUGCAAGUUGGAGUGAUAUCACCCCCCUCGCAGCAGAACAAUGGGAAGGUAGCAAGAUAGCAGCUCUCGGUAGAUAUCACAAUAGCACUCAGUAGUAAGAAAUCCAAGUCCAGCUUGGGACUCCUCCAUUUACACGGUAGUAGGAGGAACAAUAGGUUACCUGAAAGCAGUUCUAUUAUGUAGCGCUGGCUCUUUCUCAAAGCUCAGAUUCAGGCUCAAUGCACUGAGAUGGCUGCCUACACACCAAUAUUACAACUAAAAAAAAUAAUUUUUUUUUUUAUUUAGAAUAAAACUUGAAAUGGUUGAGUGAAUUAUUUGCUAUGUAAAUAAUGUAAUUUAUAAAUAAAAAGUACACCGUAAAAAUCAUGACCAUAUACCUUUAAGAGCAGCUAUUGUGUCUCUGGCUUAUCACCUCGCCCAGGUCUGCUUCAUGUUUAUCCUCCCAUAACACUGCGCCUUAUUAGUAGCCAUACACGUGUGUAAAAGCAUUCCCCUUUGUUUAGGGAUCUUCAUAAAUACUAACCAGCCAAGCGUAUAAGUUUAUUGACAUUUGUUUUUGCUAUUUCAAUAAAAGAGAAGUAUAACCAAAAUGCAGGUAAUAACAGAUAAUGCCAAUUCUUGCAGAUGCCUCCUUUAAAGGUAAAAUAUAUAGAUUAUUACUGCCAAAUGUGUCUGUUUCAGUACCAUUUUACAUUAACAUCACAGUAACAUUUCUACUUAUAGGUGCACCCACAGGCUAUAAUAGAAGCCACUGGUGGCUGUGAGUUAUUCCUUGUGCAAGGUGCAGCAACUUUUAAAUGAAUUCUUUUUAAUCAAAAUAACUUUUAAUCACACAAAGUGCUUUGUCAUUUAAUCCCCCCUACCACCCCCUUUAUUAAUGUUAUGCUUUCCCUUUUAGUGGAAAAAUACCUCGAUCCAGCAUACAAAGUUUGCAUAUUUGAUUUCUUAUGUAAGAAGAUAGUUCUGUUAUGAAUGUACUCUUAUUAAUCCUAUAUUCAUGGAACAAAAACGUUAUUUCCGUUGUUCCUGAAUGAAUGUGACUGUUCCCAGUGUAACCUCUCCCACGACAUUGUGUGCCCUCAGCUGAACCCCAGCGCUUGAGGUACCAUUUUUGGUACUGAAGGGGCCCACAGUGUGUGUUCAACUUCGCUGCAAGUUUCAGUGGCAAAACAUUUUUUUAAAAUAAUUUCUCAUGAAUAAAACAAUUAAGGAAAUGUAUUAUUGAUUGACUUUGUUUUUCAAAACAUUUGCUCUCCUGCCUGAGCGUCUUUUGUAUUAGUAGGAGCAGGAUUGUGUAUGGGUAAUCGGUGUGGGAAGUUUUCCUGUUUCAAUAAAGAAAUAAAGUAUGUGA